AUGGCAUUCAAUCCCGCGGCAGCAGCAGCUGCAUUCAAUGCUCAGUUGCUGGCUGCCUCACAACCGUCAACACCAGUUAAAACGGAACCACCGUCAGCAUUAGUUGGCAAUGUUCCGGUUCCAACCUCAAUAAGCAGUAAUAAUGCUGAUGAAGUUGGUGGUGGCGGUGAUACGACAAGAUUCUUGAAUGCUAGUGGACCAUUGCUAACACCCGGUGGUUUAGCCGGUUUUCCACAUCCGAUGGAACAUGAAGCUGCAUUCAGGGCAGCUAUGGCUCAGGGUGCAUUACCUUUUCCUGCUAUUUAUCCCGGUCUACAUCCUGCAUUAACGUCCUCUAAAGUACCGAAGAAAAUUUUUGCUAGUUCGUUAAUCAUUGUCUAA